AAUGUUUCUUGUGGAUCAAAUCAUAAAUGUUGCCCCGAUUGAGAAAUCAAAAUUCGGGGAUCCAAUUGAUAUUGUGCAGGAUUGAGGGGGCUAAAUGGAAAUACAGGGAAUUGAGAAAGCUGGCAGUUUGGGACGGGACCUACCUGACCCAUGGUGAAGGAUGAAAGAAUCUCGCCCCCACAAGCAAUUGAAGUGUCCGAGAAUCCGACGGCAAGCCCGAAGUUGACGUUUUUCCAUAGCCUUGGUCCGUCUUCCCUCGACGACAGGGCAGGGCAGAGCAUCCGUAAAUCCAUUCUAAACCCAUAUAAGUGGUGCUGCUACAACAUGCCCAAUUCCGCCCUGUCUGAAAUCGUCUCAUCUGGAGGUGCUAAUGCGUCCAGUGACGACGAUGAGGACGGAUUAGCAAAUGAAUCAGGGUCUUGGGUUCCCGGCCGAAGCCUAAUUAGCUCCACCACCCGAAUGAGCCUUUCGCCGAGAAAUCCGAUGCCUUCUCCGCCGUCCAAAUCGUCGUCAGCUGCUCAUCCAUUCUCGCCGCCGAACGGAAAUCUCGGCGCCGAGCCCAAGAAAAUGAGGAAAUCUAAUAAGAAGGCGUGGUAUGGGAAAAGGACAACGCUAGGAUUGGCGGUGUUGUUGGGAAUUUUUUUCUUGACAAAUUGGUGGAUGAUUUCCCGGAUCCAAGAGCCUGCUCGUUUACGUGAUGGCGUCAAGUUGAGGUUCUUGAAGAGGAACUCUUCCACAGUCUUCAUCCGGGAGGAACUGCAAAAAACUGGUAGAGUGAAAAAACCACAGAAAACUAUUUAUGCGCGGCUUUUGGCUAAGGCUGCUCAUGCUUUAGCUGAGGGAGAGCGCAAGCCAGAGCCAAAGGACUUGUGGUUGGAACCUUAUGCUCGGUCUUCAUUUUGGACCCCUUGCUCCCACAUACGCAAUUGGGAACCAAGUGAGGGUAAAAACGGCUAUAUAAUGGUCACUGCAAAUGGUGGAAUAAAUCAGCAGCGAGUUGCUGUUUGCAAUGCCGUUGCUGUGGCUAGAUUACUUAAUGCCACUCUUGUUCUCCCCAAAUUCAUGUACAGCAGCGUAUGGAAAGAUGCUAGUCAGUUCGGCGAUAUUUAUCAGGAGGAACAUUUCAUCAACUACUUAAAGGAUGAUAUCCCAAUAGUCAAGGAACUUCCAGAAGAGCUGCGGUCACUAGAUUUAGAGGCCAUUGGCAGUGUGGUUAUGGACACAGAUGUCAUUAAAGAGGCCAAGCCUAGUUUUUACUUGAAAUACAUUCUUCCCAUAUUGCAUCUUAACAAAGUUGUUCACUUUGUUGGAUUUGGUAACAGAUUGGCAUCUGAUCCAAUGCCACAUGAGUUACAGAGGCUUCGGUGCAGAUGCAACUUCCAUGCCUUGAGAUUUGUCCCCAAAAUACAAGAAACUGGUGCCAUGCUUAUUCGAAGGAUGCGUCAAAAUGAUACGGGUUUGGGGCAUUUGGACCCCUAUCUUGUCGGUCAAUAUGCACAGUUAAAAAAGAAGGGAGAAAAAGAUAGUCCACCUAAAAAAUCACGAUACCUGGCUUUGCAUCUGAGAUUCGAAAUUGACAUGGUUGCCCACUCUUUAUGUGAAUUUGGUGGAGGUGAAGAGGAAAGACAUGAAUUGGAGGCUUAUCGGAAAGUCCAUUUCCCUGCAUUGGUGGAACAAAAGAAAACAAAAAAGCUUCCUUCCCCGAAGCAAUUAAGGUCGGAAGGACUUUGUCCAUUGAUGCCAGAGGAGACUGUGCUGAUGCUUGCCGCCCUUGGUUUCAACCGGAGAACCCACAUAUACCUCGCCGGUUCCCAUAUUUACGGGGGAUAUUCCAGAUUGAAUGCAUUGACUACCUUGUUCCCUAAUCUGGUCACCAAAGAAAACUUGCUCACGCCGGCCGAAAUCGAACCAUUUGGGAAUUUCUCAUCUCAGUUGGCGGCGCUCGAUUUCAUAGUAUGCACAGCUGCUGAUGUAUUUGCCAUGACAGAUUCCGGGAGCCAGUUUUCUUCUUUAAUAGCCGGUUAUCGGAUAUAUUACGGCGGAGGUAAAAUGCCAACCAUACGGCCCAACAAGCGCAGGCUUGCGGACAUAUUCGAAAGAAACAACACGAUAGAGUGGAAAGUCUUCGAGACUAGAGUGAGAAAAGCCGUUCGACAAAACAAACGAGUAUUCUCGCGGCCCGUGGGAAGAAGCGUGUACAGAUAUCCUCGAUGCCAGGAUUGUAUGUGCAAUACAGAAUAGAGUUGUGAUCUUGAAAAUUUUUGGUCAGGAGCAUUCAAAAUUUUUGUGUUUUUAUGUUUGAUUCUUUUCGAUUUGUGGAUUUGGGUCUUAGGACAUCUGAGGUUCAUUCAUGUAACAAAUUGUAAACAUUCAUUCAUUGUAAUUAAACAAGUGUUUCUUCAUAAUCUUUGUGCAAA